AUGACGACGCGGAAAAAAAUCGCUAUUUCCCGCUAUCGAAUGACAAGACACUGUUUGAUGGAUGUCAUUGACAUUGUAAGAAAGGAUGUGUCACAUGAGACAAAAAGAUCUCAUGUCCUUACACCUGAAGAACAAACUUUUGCUGCUUUGAGGUAUUAUGCGACUGGUUCUUUCCAGCAAGUGAUUGGGGACAUUUUAGGACUCAGUCAACCCAGCGUUUCCAGAGCAGUAAAGAAUGUUUCUAAUGCACUGGCAAGUUUUGCUGGACAAAUUAUUCAAUUCCCGACGGAUUGCCGAAAACUUCAAACUGUUAAAGAAGGUUUUAUGGAGAAAUUUGGAUUUCCAAAUGUAAUCGGAUGUGUGGACGGGUCAUUUAUUCCCAUUAAGGCUCCACCAUCACGCGAGGACGUGUAUGUAUGUCGCAAGGGUUUCCAUGCGCUAAACGUACAAGGGAUUUGCGACAGUCAGAAAAAAUUUACAAAUUUGCUCGAUAAAUUCCCUGGCUCGGCGCACGAUGCCUUCAUAUGGAGUCAGUGUGGUGUACAAACGUUCCUUACUCGAAACACGCAGGUUGGAUUUUUACUUGGAGAUCAGGCCUAUCCUCUGAGACCAUAUCUGCUUACUCCUUUACGAGAUCCACGUAACCCAGCCGAGGAGGCUUAUAACCGGCAGCAUCAAAAAACAAGGAAAGUGAUUGAGGAUACUUUUGGCAGAUGGAAAUGCAGAUGGCUUAUGCUGCAUAAAUUUGCUAGGUUACAUUUUACUUAA